AAGAGAGGACUUCGGAUUUAUAGUUUAUGGAUUGAAGUCCUAGGACCCAGGAGUGGAACCGCGGUGCGUCCCCGCAUCCUCUUUCGCUGCGCCACCUCCAACAGCUUUAUUUACGGCAUCACCGAUUUCCUUACACCUCGGCUCCUUUAACUGGGACUCGAGAUCCCAAAGCUGCAAAGAACCGGGUUGCAAUUGGCUAGUCCGUGCCUCAGACUGGAGGUACAAUUGGCUGAGGCUCUGGGCCUCCGGAAGCAUCCCUUCGCGGGAUUGGCCACCGCUGCCAAGGGGCCCGCCUCCCGCGCGCAGAGGCCUCGGCCGGGUUGGGAAGGGGCUGUGGAGCCCAGAGGGCCGAACGCUUUGAGAAACAUGGCGGCGGACCUUGCUCAGAUUCCUGAUGUGGACAUCGAUUCGGAUGGCGUCUUCAACCGUAGAGUUCAUUAUGGGGCCCGACAAGGGCGACUAGGGCAUACAUAUCCUGAGGCCACUCUCCUCACCCCAGCGGACAUCUAUGACAAAGUGUCAGGCGAGCUGCAAAAGAACGGCUAUGACUGUGAGUGCCUAGGCGGCGGGCGCAUCUCCCAUCAGAGCCAGGACAGGAAGAUACACGUGUAUGGCUACUCUAUGGGUUAUGGUCGUGCCCAGCAUUCUGUUUCAACGGAAAAGAUCAAAGCCAAGUACCCUGAUUAUGAGGUCACCUGGGCUGACGAUGGCUACUGAGGCCCUGCCCCCCAGCAGCUGUCAGGACUCUGCUCUUGCCCUCCUCUAUAUUGAGGGGCUGGCUCUGUGCUUCUCUUUUGUCCCUUAGGCAGCAUACCACCUGCCAGGCCUUAGAAGCCAGACCAGUCUGGUCCGUAGGAAUUAAAAGCAUUAAUAUGCCUGCUC